AUGGCUUUCUCCACAGGGCUCCUGCGCACAUUACGUGAGGAGCGAGGUGAUUUGACCAACCUUGUCAGUGCUGCGAUUCUCGGGUAUCUUGUGCGUACACAAGCGAAUCUCGAGCUUGUUAGCUUACCGCCCUCCUCUCAACUCAUUGGCGGCUUGAUGGAAGCUUUAUAUGAAGACCGCGGUGUCUCGGUCCCGAAGCACUUUUACUACCCUCUCUAUUCCUAG